AUGCGUCCUUCUCUUGUUCUGCUCGCCGGUCUGGCGAGCUCGGCUCUUGCCUACCCGGCUGAUAUGACCGCUGUCGAGCCCCGUACUCUGGGUCUCCUCCGUGAAAUUCUCGGCGAUCUUACCGUCGAUGUGUCUGCUAUUCUCGGCGCUGUCCUCGGUCACAGCCACAGCCACGGCCACUCGCUUUCGCUUCUUGCUGGUCUGAGCGCUGAGGGUGCUGCCGCUCUCCAGGGUGGUGCUCUCGGCUGCAAGGCCGGUCUCAUUCACUACAAGGCCAAGGCCGCUCUCAAGGCUUGGUUGCUCGUCCAUGCUGACCUCGACAUCUCCCUCAAGAAGACUCUGAUCUCUUGGUGCGAAGGCAACGACGAGCUCGUUCUGUCCGCUGACAUCCUCGCUGCUCUGUCUGUGUACGUUCCCGGAUGUGCUGAGAUCGCCGCCCAGGGUCAGCUUUACGUGACCGUUGACGGUAUCUUCGACGCUGCCAAGCUCGAGUCUGCUCUUGUCCUGAGCAUUGGUGCUCAGUCUUCUCUUGCCGCUUGGAUCGAGGCCAAGACUGGUCUGGAUCUUGACGUCAAGGUGGCUUUGGAUGUCUGCGCCGCUGGCGGUGUUAUCAGCAGUCUGUCCUCUCACAUUAAGGCUGCUCUUCACGCUUGGAUGAUCAGUGAUGAGUGUGACCUCAGCGCUGACCUCAAGGUCUCGGUUCUUGCUUGGAUCAGCGGCCACGCCGGUGGUGAUCUUGUGGAGAUCGGUGCCCAUGCUGAGACUGCUCUCUCUACCAUCUCCGUCGGUGCUUCCGUCGGCGUGCACGUCGAGGAGUCCGGUCACCUCUCUGUUGGCGGACAGGCCUCUCUUGCUGCCUUCCUCGGCGCUGGGCUCUCUGUUGAUCUCGAUGCUGACGUCAAGCUUGCUCUCGAGUCUUGCGCUAAGGGCCAGCUCGCUGCCGCCGUGGACCUUGAUCUCCGCACCAAGCUGGCCAUCUGGCUUGCAGGUGAGGACUGCUCCCUGGGCGUUGAGCUCAAGGCCGUUGUUCUCCUCUGGCUGUCCCUGGGUGUUGAGGCCGAUGUUUCCGUUUCUCUCGACUUGGUUGGUGGCCUCCUCGGCCACGUCACUGAUCUCCUGACCGAGACUCUUCUUUCUGGCCUCAGUGUUGACCUUCGUGGUGCCCUUUCCCUUCUCGCAGGAGGUGGUAGCCUCACUGGCCUGACCUUCGAUGCUCGUGCUGAGCUUGCUGCCUUCCUCGGUGGCUGCACUUCCAUUGACAUUGACAUCAGCAUCCAGAUCAUCAUCCUCGAAUGGUUCACCGGCUGCAGCAUCCCCGGUGCUCCCUCCGGCCCUGGCUCCUCUACAUCUACCGUCCCCAGCCUGCCCGGUACCACUGUGCCCUCCGGCCCCGGAGCGACCAGCACCCCUUGCGACACCGAGACCUCCGAGAUCGUCGGUUCCACCGUCAUCCCCGGCUCCGGCUCCUCAACUGCCACCGUCCCCGUCAUUCCCACUCCCACCGGUGUCUCUCCCGUCCACACUCCCUCUCCCAGCGGCCCUGCUGCCACCAGCACCCCCUGCGAUACCGAGACCUCUGAGAUUGUCAGCUCCACUGUCAUCCCCGGUGUUCCCACUGGCUCUGGCUCCACCGUCAUUGUCCCCGUCGUUCCCACCACCACUCCCAGCGGCCCUGCUGCCACCAGCACCCCCUGCGAUACCGAGACCUCUGAGAUUGUCAGCUCCACUGUCAUCCCCGGUGUUCCCACUGGCUCCGGCUCCACCGUCACUGUCCCCGUCGUUCCCACCCCCACCGGUGUCUCUCCCGUCGACACCACCGCCCCCAGCGGUCCCGCUGCCUCCAGCACCCCCUGUGACACUGAGACUUCUGAGAUCAUCCGUUCCACCGUGAUCCCGGGUGGCCCCAACGGCUCCGGCUCCAGCACCGCUACCGCCGUUGUCCCCGCCGUUCCCACCGGCACCGGCGUUGCCCCCGUUGACACCCCCGCUCCCACCGGCCCUGCUGCCACCAGCACCCCCUGCGACACCGAGACCUCCGAGAUCGUCCGCUCUACCGUGAUCCCCGGUGUCCCCAACGGCUCCGGCUCUAGCACCGCCACCGCCGUUGUCCCCGUCGUUCCCACCGGUACCGGCGUUGUCCCCGUCCCCACUUCCGCUCCCACCGGUCCUGCUGCCACCAGCAUCCCCUGCGACACCGAGACCUCUGAUGUCAUCCGCUCCACCGUGAUCCCGGGCGUGCCUACUCCCUCGGGCGUCGCUCCCACCGGUGUCCCUGCUCCUUCGGGCCCGGCUACGACCAGCGCACCAACCAUGCCUGCCGGUGGCUCAGACUCUGAGGAUGUCACCGUGACCAAGACUGUGACUGCGACCGUUUGUGACUGCGAGUAA